AUGAGAAAUGCUAUAAGUGCUAGAGAACGUUUGAUAAUAACUUUAAGAUUUUUGGCAACUGGGGACAAUUAUAGAAGUUUGGAGUAUACAUUCAACGUUUCGGCACAAACAAUAUCUACGUUUAUCCCAGAGGUUUGCGAUGCUUUAAUCGAAGUUCUUGGCAGUUAUGUACAGCUUCCAUCAAAUCAAUGUGAAUGGCUGAAAAUUUCCAAUGAUUUUAAGCAGCAAUACGGUUUCCCUAAUGCCAUCGGGGCUAUUGAUGGAAAGCAUGUUCAAGUCAAAUGCCCGCGUGAGAGUGGAAGUGACUAUAUUAAUUAUAAAAAUUUUUUCAGCAUUGUGCUUCUUGCCGUUGUUGAUGCCAAUGGUAAUUUUUUGUUUGCCGAUGUUGGUGCAAAGGGAAGAAUUUCGGAUAGUGGGGUGUUAAAGCAUUCUCGGCUAUAUGAGCUCUUAGAAAAAAGAAUGCUACAUAUACCUGAACCGCGACCAAUACGAGAAGGAGAACAUGUAAGAGUGCCUUUUAUGUUACUCGGUGAUAGUGCGUUUGCUUUCACAGAUUAUUGUAUAAGACCUUUUGGAGGCGACCCAGAACGACACAAUCAUACUCAGCGGAAAUUUAACGAACGGCAUUCCAGAGCUCGUCGCGUUGUAGAAAGAGCAUUUGGGAUUCUUAGCGCAAGAUUUAGGGUAUUAAGAAAGGCUAUGGAGUUAGAACCUGGCAUAGCCAGCAAAGUAACGCUAGCGGCAGUUUACCUGCAUAACUUCAUCCGAAGAGAAGCAUCAAUCAGGACUAGUGAUAAUUUAGUAUUUGCUCGACCGGAUGCAGACAAUCAGCUUACAAAUUUAAGAAGUAUAAGAGUAAGACAUAGUGACCGACUAAAUGAUAUAAGAAUGUAUCUAGCAAAUAGUUUUUCGUCUGUAUCAUAAUAUUAAACAUAAUGAUUUUAUGGAUUAUUCACGAAAUGAAUUCACUCUACGAAUAUGUUAAGCAAACCAGCUGGACUGUCACUACUUGAGUAAUAAAAUAAAUAUAUAAAUUCACAACAUACAGCAAGUGUAUACCAAUAAGAUAAACGAUUCCUCGCCUUAAGAACAUACCCUUCGUGAUUUCGGACAUAGCCUCAUUCGGAUCGUUUACCCGUAGCAAAUACUACCUAUCCGCCUGCUUAGUUACGACGAAUGGAGAGGGAGAAAGGAUAACAUCA